CUCCUAUAAAACUUCCUUUAUGGUUUGCAUACCAUUUGUAGCACGAGAAAGGAUCUGAUAGAGGACCUCAAGCAUAGCGAGUUCUUCUGGUUGCUUUCCUCCUUUCUGUUACUGGAAAUACGUGCCACAGGAAGCAAGCAGCCAUCACUGAGUGUGCUCUAACUCCUGUUUUACAAAGGGAGAAGAUGGAGUUCAUCAGUAUGUUACUUUUCUUGCUGCAAGUUUCAAGUGCAGCAAGACGACGCAUUCAAGUGACUGGUGAGGUUGGAGGAUCCAUCACCAUAAAGUGUCCUGUGAAGGGCAUUUCCAGUCGAAAAUUCUGGUGCAGGGAGCUCGAGACAAGGGUCUGUGGCACCAUCAUCUCCACCUCGCCAUACAUCAGUGAGAAUUACAGGAAUAGAAUAUCCAUCACUGAGGAGCCUCAGGAAGGAAUAUUUCAAAUUACAAUCACAAGACUGGAAGAGGAUGACACUGGGCUGUACACGUGUGGGACAGGAUAUCUAAAUGACAGAGGCAGUGGAAGGACCCUCCAAGUGAAGCUGAAGGUUUCUAACGGGAAUGUUCCACCCAGAAUGGGCAUGUUGUCGGCUGAACCCCUGAGACGUGACAGACCUAUUGUGGUACCAGCAGAGUCUGGCAACAAAAGUGCUGACACUCAAGGAGUCAUACAACCACAGAUGACUAAUGGAGCAUGGGCAAAAUAUACCUCCUAUGCUGUGCCUGGCAUCAAAUUCCCCGGAAGUACGAUAAUCACACCUGCAGACAUCAUUGGCAGCACUGUUACCAAUGCAGCAUCUGGAAGUACAACAAAGGGGAUUCCAAAGAGUUCCAGGACAAUCGGCUAUGCACAUUCCAGGCAUACAAAGCGCCUCUUGAGAAGCAAUUAUGGGAAUGAUGUCUUUCAAAUCCUGAUACCAGUUCUUCUGAUAAUGCUUCUGCUUCUGGCUUCUAUGAUAAUUGUUAGAAAACAGCUACGAGGGAAGAAAGACAUUACAAUCUACAUGUUUGGAUGUUUUGGAGAAGCAGCUUCCAGUGAAACCUGUGGAAUAAACCUGAGGUUGGGUGCACUCGAACAUGGCCAAGGGCACGUUCCAAUGGAAAAUAUCUACAGCAUGUUACCCCGCCGGCUCCAGGGAGUGGACAGGAACAGUUCUCAUGUACCUUGUGACUCAUAUCACUGCAGAGUUGACUUAUAAGAGCUGCUGUGACGGCACAUCGGUCACCAGGCACAGCUGAGGAAGGACUUGAGGCACACGCAAAGCCGCCUCCAAUCAGCACCUGAACCCUACAUAUCAAAGUAUUACUUUGAUGCUGUGACCGCACUGCUCUGCAGAAGCUGGUCUACAUGCUUUCUCCGCACAAAGGACUAAUGCUAAGUUUCCAAAGGUACAGUGGAUUUGCUCUGGUUGUUUAAAGGUGAUUUUUCUAGUUUGCUCUGCAGCUCUUGGUCUUGUUCUGCAGAGCUUGGUCUGUACAGAUGGUUGCCAAAACAUGCAGGUUCAGGUAAACAAUUAUAAGCAGAGGUAAAUGUUGUGUGUUUGGUUGUCAUGGUUUUUGUUGCUAUGGCAACUGAGUUAGAUUAUUAUGGGUUAGCUCAGCCAGCUUCAGCCGGCUGAGUGAGUUCUCUGAGUCUGUAAAUAAAAUGGUGGUUUUGUUAGCUGUC